GAAAAAGGGCCAGUCAACCAAAAGACCACUGAGGGUUAAGUCAAACCUGAUAACAGGAUAACACUCCUCAGAGGUCAUGAAAGAGUAACUUCAGAGUCCAAAGGGUCACUGAGGAGAAGUUAAUCUGUAUGAGUGUCUCCACCUACCUGUGCAGUCACAGCCAGGUGUGAGGCAACAAGAACUGAGGCAGGCUCCAAAGGUACAGAAGUCCACUAGAGGAGUUUCUCUCAGCAGAUGCAGGAGACCAUGGAAAAGAAGCUGAUGAUCAUCGACACCGAUUGCGGCAUAGACGAUGCUCAGGCAAUAAUGAUGGCGUUGGCGGCGCCUAACGUCCACAUCCUGGGCGUCACCUGCGUGUUUGGGAACACGGCGGUCGACAACGUGUGUCAGAACGUUUUGAGGGUGCUCUCAGUCUGUGAGCGCAACGGGAUUCCAGUGUUUCGAGGUUCUGCUGGCCCUCUGGUUGGAGCAGGAAACUCAGCCACUGACCACUUUGGAGGUGAUGGACUCGGAGAUGUGAUAAAGGAGAAAGAUCCUCGUUGGGAGGAGAAAAUCCAAAAGGAGCAUGCAGUUAGCGCAAUGAUAAGACUGGUGUCCGAAAACCAGAACCAGGUCUCCUUGGUGGCUCUCGGCCCGCUCACUAAUCUGGCGCUGGCGGUCAGACUUGACCCCCAUUUUCCCCAAAAGCUCAGGGACCUGUACAUCAUGGGCGGCAACAUGGAAGGAAAAGGAAACAUGACUCUGUGUGCAGAGUUUAACUUCGCCAUGGAUCCAGAGUCGGCCUAUAUUGUUCUUGAGGAGUUCCUCUGUCCUACCUACCUGGCAUCGUGGGAAUAUGCUUGCAGAAACGCACUGGUGUGGGAAUUCCUUGAGGAGCUCGUCAAUCAGGACGCUCCGGCUGCACGCUUCAUGAAGAUGAUAACGUCUAAAUGCUGGGCUUAUUCCAGAGAGGCCAUGAUGACUAAGAGAGACGUGUACUUUGGGCCGGGCUUUGUCUCCUAUGAUUCCUACGCAAUGGCGGCCUGCAUCGACCACAGCGUGGUGACGGAGAGCAUCGAGUGUCCCGUCCGCGUGGAGCUCCAGGGCUCCAUUGCUCGAGGCAUGUUGGCGCUGGAUCGCACAAAUCAGCUGAAGAAGAGCCACAGCGUGUUUGUGUUGACUAAAUGUGACACAGCCAAGUUCAGCGAGCUUCUGAAGGAGUCCCUCAGACAGCCCUGCAAGAAGUAAAGUCUGGAUUUCAUUCAUUUAACUGCUGCAUCACUAAGUGCCCUUUGACCUUUUACUGACAUCAUUUUAUAGCCACAAAUGAUGUCAGGGAAGAUGGUUAUUACUAAAAUAUUCCCACCUGACCCAUCACAAUAAGCUGGAUUUUUUGGAAUGUUUUAUUCAAUAAAGCAAUGCAACAUUUUACUGUUAUAGACUAUUGUGAUUGUUGAGUUAAAAUGCCUCAAGAGUACAUCAGAGUGGGCUGAAAUCUGCGGCUUAAUUUUGUUUACAGCAU